UAUGUUGCAGGCCACUCAGAGUUGUGGAGUUAUACAUUGCAGGUCGUUUUGUUUAGAUUUUUAUCACUCAACAUGAGUAAGUUUCACAGUGAGCUGACUCAGAGGGAGCAGGACUUGCUCAAGAUCCGCCGCGACAGCGACACUAAGGCUGCUGAACUUGUCAAGAUGGAAAAGAUGCUGGAGCAGACCAAGAACCUGUUUGACAAGAAGACAGAGUCUGGUUCAGAUAGCAUGGGCUACCAGGAGAACAUGGUGGAAGACCUGGAGGAAAAAGUGCGCUCCAGCAGACGACACAGGAGAAACUCCCUCCAUCACACACAGAUGCUGGAGAGCCAGAUGAAAACAGUGAAAGGCGAGCUGGUAGGCACACUGGACCACCUUCAGGAGCUGAGGAACGUCUUGCGUCGUUCACAGCAGAAAGCAGAAGAGCGCAAAGCUGCGAUGGAGAAGCUGGCAGCAGGGCUCAGGUAAAGCUUUAAUACACCAAGUGAAUGUCUGACCUGAGGCCCUUGACCCUGCCAACCAAACUGUGCAGAGUUUACAGAAAACAAGACCGCACCCAUAUGCUGAUAAAAAAGGAAAGAGACUCUUUGUUUUUCGCUGCAGUAAGGCAUUUGUAGUGCAUCCAAAGACUAAAUUGAAAAGACUUUGUUUGUGGUAUUUCCCAACCUGCCUUUGACAAACUUCUAAAAUAGCUUUUUCUUCCUUUUUAU